CUGGCCUCUCCAUCCUCUUCAUCAUCUACCUCGGGAGCGCCUGUCGCCUGCCAUCUUCGCCCACCAUGUCUCGGCAGUCCACUGUCACCUUUCACUGCGGCAGCCGCAAGGGCUUCAGCACGGCCUCAGCCACCACCCCAAACGCUGGCCGCUCCCGCUUCAGCUCUAUCUCGGUGGCCCGCUCCUCAGGGAACAGUGGGGGACUAGGCAGGAUCAGUUGCCCUGGUGCUGGCUUCGGGAGCCGCAGCCUCUACAACCUGGGGGGGACCAGGCCGAUCUCCGUCGGUGGCAGGGCUAGCAGUGGCUUCGGUUACGGGGGCGGCAUUGGAGGGAGCUUCCGUGGCCCUGGCUUCCCUGCCUGUCCCGCCGGAGGCAUCCAAGAGGUCACCAUCAACCAGAGCCUCCUCACCCCCCUCAACCUAGAAAUCGACCCCUCUAUCCAGCGGGUGAGGAAAGAAGAGCGGGAGCAGAUCAAGACCCUCAACAACAAGUUCGCCUCCUUCAUCGACAAGGUGCGCUUCCUGGAGCAGCAGAACAAGGUCCUGGAGACCAAGUGGGGGCUGCUGCAGGAGCAGAGCUCCAGGACGGUUAGGCAGAACCUGGAGCCCUUAUUCGAGACCUACAUCAACGACCUCCGCCGGCAGCUAGACGGCCUCACCGCUGAAAGAGGCAGGCUGGAUGCCGAACUGAGGAACAUGCAAGACGUUGUGGAAGACUUCAAAGUCAGGUACGAAGAUGAAAUUAACAAGCGUACAGCCGCCGAGAACGAGUUCGUGGGCCUCAAGAAGGACGUGGACGCCGCCUACAUGAACAAGGUGGAGCUGGAGGCCAAGGUGGACGCCCUGACCGACCAGAUCAACUUCUACCGGAUGAUCUAUGAGGCAGAGCUGUCCCAGAUGCAGAACCAGGUGAGCGACACAUCUGUGGUCCUCUCCAUGGACAACAACCGCAGCCUGGACCUGGACAGCAUCAUCGCCGAGGUCAAGGCCCAGUACGAGGACAUCGCCAACCGCAGCCGGGCAGAGGCUGAGUCCUGGUACCAGACCAAGUAUGAAGAACUACAGGUGACAGCAGGCAGGCAUGGCGACGACCUCCGCAACACCAAGCAAGAGAUCUCAGAGAUGAACCGGACGAUCCAGAGGCUGAGAUCUGAGAUCGACAGUGUCAAGAAGCAGUGCUCUAGCCUGCAGACUGCUAUCUCUGAUGCUGAGCAACGUGGAGAGCUAGCCCUCAAGGAUGCUCGGGCCAAACUGAUGGACCUUGAAGAUGCCCUGCAGAAGGCCAAGCAGGACAUGGCCCGGCUGCUACGCGAGUACCAGGAGCUUAUGAACAUCAAGCUGGCCCUGGAUGUGGAGAUCGCCACCUACAGGAAGCUUCUGGAAGGAGAGGAGAGCAGGUGA